UCGCCUCACUUCUCUCUAUUAAAAAAACACAUUAUCCAUUAGGACCCCUUCUCUCAUCUCCGAGUUGUGCCCAAUGUCACAUUUAGAUCUAGAGAGUUGCGGAGAGGGGCCGGCAUGGAGAUUGACGGAGCAGCAGCCGCAGUGGGACCAUGGAUUAGCUUCUUGUGGAUGCAGAAUCCGUACCGCUGGAGGCUUGGUCGUGGAGGCUCCUCCCAGGAACUCUACCUCCGGCGGCGGCGCCCACUGGGAUUUAUCAGCUCACCCGGCUUCCACCUUCCUCGCCUUACAGCCAGCGCUGCCGAUGCCCCUGCCCCAGCCGUGGGACGCAGACGGAGGAUCAUGCUCCUGCUGCUGAUGCGGAUGCUGCUCUCGUCGACCUCGCACAGGGUGGCAAAUCCGCCGUGCACGCUGCCCAGCUCGAUGCUGAAGCUAUGGGUUCGGCUCCCCCUUCGACCUUGCCACGGACCGACGGACGGCGUCCACGCUGUGCCCGCCGCUCAUGUUGUGGACGCCCUUGAUGAUUAUGGCGCCGACGCGGGCGCCCGACUAUGCUCAGGUUCUUGCCGACCGCCUCGCAACUUGGAUGUGAACAUCGAGUUCACUUUCACCGAUGAAAUCCAAAACAAAAUGCCCUUGCAAGGUUGGACUGACGUGGUUUUCUACUUAAACUGAUCUUCCUACGUGUACGACGGGCGGAAACAGGGGAUGCAACGUGAAGCUUGCGGGCGUUCUCCGGCGCGAUGCUGCGGGCUAUUCGUUGCUAGAUGAGACAUGUAAGGGGUUCCGCACGUGCGCGCGCUCACCUGGUCGUGUUUUGCGAUCUGUAGUCAUCGGAGGUGACGGCGUGGGCAUUUGGCGGCGGACGUGUUUUGGGCGUUGGUGUUGACGGUGGUGUCCGUAGGCCUCAAUUUACGUCCUGUUUGUUGUUUUGGAUGUGAGAAUUAUUAGUAUGUUAGAGUUUUUGGAUAUUAAUUUCAUUUGUAAUUUCUGAUUACAAGUUUUGGUGUUCUUGGUCAUUUUCCACGCCCGCCAUGUAAAUGUGUUCUUCUUUUUCUGUUGUUUUACUUUCAAAUUGGUGUUGCAGGGAGAGAUAUGAGGAUUGUAUGAAAAGAUUUGCGUUGUCAAUUUUGCUUCUUUUGAGUUGUUUC